UCUAGAUUUGAACAUUGCGGCUCAGUAGUUUGUUUGGGUUUUAUUGGCUACCGGAAAGUUAAAUAUACAGCAAAAUGUCGCGGAAUGUGACGCUUUCGGACGAGCAAAGUCGGCUAAAUGCGCGACUGGAGGCACACAUGGUUUACAUAUGUCCGGAGUGCGGGAAGGCGUUUCGUACUCAGGCGGAGUGGCGUCAGCAUUUGAAUACGAGACACGACUACUUAAAAAAGACCUACACCGACUUCAACUUUAUCCAGAUCGACGAGCGGUUCCAUGAAUGCCAGCUGUGCUUUAAGUGGGUGGAGAAUGCCCACAAGACCAUCGCAUUGCUGCAAUAUCACUACUUCAUGCACUUGGAGCACAGUGAAACCUACCGCUGCGUGCACUGUCGCAUGGCCUACACGAGACGAAGGGCCCUGAAUGUACACCUCCUGGAAACGCACAUGCGGGAGAUCGAAAAGUACGAGAACAAGUUGCGCCAGAUGAAGCGGCAGCAGCAAAAGCCCACUACUGGGCCAACAAGUUCUCCAGGGAACCCACUUAAACCGGUUGCGAAGACACGAGGGCGUCCUAAGGGAUCCGUAAGCAAAAAACGAAAUGACCUGUUGCAAAAGGCGCUUAUGGACAUUGAUCUGCACACAGAAGUGGAUAAGUCCCCAACACAAUUAUGCGCAACAGCCGCAGUAGCUCCUGCAAUCGCUGGCAGGAUAAAUGCAAGCGAACAGAAUCUGGACCGGUGUCUUAAUGCCUACGACGACAUCGUGCGUAAGGAAGAGGAAAAGGCGCCCAAGUAUGACGCCGAGCUGGAUGCGCUUUGCCAGGAGUUUUUCGAUGACGGCAGCAUCGGUGACAAAGGAGGAGAGGACGAAGGGCAAAAGUUAGCAGAAGCGCAACCGCAGCAGGAAAAUCAGGAGGUAGUCAUUAUCGAGAUCGAUGCACUUGGCAAGGAGGAGGUGGCCCAGUUGAAGAAGGAAAUGAAAUCGGAUUCUGUGGGGCAAGCGGUCAAGCGUUGUCGUCUGUCCACAACGCCCACUCGAGAUUCCGACUCGGAGGUGUCCAACAAUGGUCUCACUAAGCUAAUCUCAUACUUGUGCCCCAAGUGCGGCAAGGAGAUCGCCUCCAUGGACGGCUGGCGGGCGCAUGUGUUCAUGAAGCACGACUUCGAGCACAUAAUAGAGAACAGUUUCAAGAUCAUGGAGCCCGGACGCAAGGCUAUGUGCCUGCAGUGUCGCGAGGUGCAGCCGACGACUAAGCGGUCACAACUGCAGAAGCACUGCUUCAAGCAUUUGCCUUUUCGUUCCUACCUUAAGUGCACCCUCUGCGACCGCACCAAGACCAGCACUUCCAAGAUACUCAACCACAUCCGCUACAACCACCAGGAAGAACUGCAACGGAAAAACAAGACGCAAUUGCUCAUUAAGCCGGAACCCAAAUGGGCCAGUCCUAAAAAUCCCGGGCAAACGAGCAAGCAGGGUGACGCGGACUCUGGCGACGAGGAAGAGAGCAAAGCGUGUGAGCACUGCAAAAAAAUAUUCGAUAGCAAAUGGCGUUAUGAUCGGCAUAUCGUCGCUUGCAAAAGAACGGCAGGGAUUCGGCCAAUUUCCCCAGUCGACGGGACCGUCGAAGCCAUGCUAAACAAUCUCCGUGAGGGUCACUUGCGAAUGAACGCUAUUUGGAAGGCGAUGCAGCGCGAAAAGUAUUAGUUUUAUUCUAGUUUAAGUUCGUUAACUCAAAGAGCUGAAGUAAUAAAAAGCAUUCGCAUAAACACUA